UACGGAAUAGACAUCUUAGACAAACCCGUUUUACAGGGGCAGGUUAGCUCUGUUAAACUAACAUCAAAAUAUGGUCAAAAUUAUGAAUGUCGAAUCCCUGACCAGGUGGAGCAAGAAAGGCAACAAGAAGAAAAGGAAAGAGUUGCCAUGGAAACUGGUGUCUUAGACUUACUAAAACCAAUGGAGUCCAGUCCAUGUUUGAUUAAGACAAAAGAUUGGUGGAGUUAUGAGUUUUGUUAUGGUAAACAUCUUAGACAGUAUCAUCUUGAAGAUGGUAGAAUAAGUGGUAAUGUUAUGUAUAUUGGGUACUAUGAGUCAGAUUUUGACUGGAAUAAUGAUACUCUACGGAAGAUGAAAUCUAGGAAUGAAUUCAAUAGAUAUCACAGUCAGAAAUAUACUAAUGGUUCUAAAUGUGAUUUAACUGGUGGAUUCAGAUCAGCUGAAGUCAGAUUUAUGUGUGAAGAUACUGUGAGUGACUAUAUCUAUAGAAUCGAUGAACCACAAACAUGUACCUAUAUAAUAACAGUACAUACUAAUAAAAUCUGUCACCAUCCUUACUUAAAACCACCAGCACCAAAAACUCCAGUACCUAUAACCUGUCAUCCUCUAUUAGACCAACAGCAAUAUGAUGAUUACUUG